CCACAUGAGGCAUGUACCAUGUAAAAAGGACAUAACAUAACAUGAUCACCAAACUACUUCACCACCACCACCCCUACACAAAAAUGAACAACCUCUCGUCACCGGACUCCGCCACCUUCCCCGUCGACCGACCAACCUCCCUCGCCGCCAAAUGCUGGCUCGACGACGCCUGCAUCGUCGACAUCGACCAUUUCGUCAAAACCCUCUCCGGCAUCAAAGCCAAAGGCGUCCGACCAGACCUCAUCGGUUCCAUCAUCACACAUUAUGCUUGCAAAUGGAUCCCCGAACUCUCCGGCGACCCACCGUCCCCCGCCAACACCGACCACCACUCUCCACCAGAAAGCGCCACCGCGUCGUGGCUCAAAAAAAGGUUUUUCAUAGAGACAAUUGUGUCGGUUCUCCCACCGGAAAAAGACGCCGCUCCUUGCAGCUUUCUUCUCCGGUUAUUGAAAACCGCGCACAUGGUGGGUGUGGAUUCGAAUUACCGCGAGGAGUUAGAGAAGCGGGUGGCGUGGCGGUUGGACCAGGCGGCGUUAAAGGAGCUAAUGAUACCGUGUUUUAGUCACGUGCAACGCACGUUGCUCGACAUUGAGUUGAUGGUCCGGUUGGUGAAGAGGUAUGUGGAAAUGGAGCUUGAUGGUCUGAGAAGUGGGGCCGGAGUGUUUAAGGUUGCGAAGCUUGUAGACGCGUACCUUGCGGAAGUUGCGGUUGAUUCGGAGCUCGCAUUGCCGGAGUUUAUGGAGCUUGCCGGAGCUGUUCCUGUCCAAGCUCGUGCUACUGAUGAUGGGUUGUACCGUGCCAUUGACACUUUUUUAAAAACGCACGUAAACAUGACGAAACACGAAAGAAAGACGUUGUGCAAAUUAAUCGACAGUCAAAAGUUAUCGAUAGAAGCAUCUCUUCAUGCGGCCCAAAACGAGCGUUUGCCUGUUAGAUCAGUUCUUCAAGUGCUCUUCUCGGAACAAGCCAAGCUCCAUUCUCAUAUAGACUGGAGUCGAUCAUUCAGCAAUUCCAAGAGCCCGAUUCUAGGGUUGGACCCACACGACUGGUGCCCGUCGUCAAGAGAUAUCAUGACCCUUCAACAAAUGGAAAUCAAAAAGCUAAAAGAAAACGUGACGAAGCUUGAGAGGCAGUGUCACUUGAUGCAAGUGCAAAUUGGCAAAUUGUCCGAGAAGAAGAAGAAGUUUUUCAGUUGGCGGAAAUUGGCAAUGUCAACGAAUCUUCGGGGUACAAGCACAGAAGUGUACGACGAACAUGGUUAUGAGUCAUGUAGCGUCGGAAGGCAAACUCCUCUAAAGGGGAAACAAGGAAAAAGCAAGACUCCGAAAAAAUGGAGGCAAUCAACAUCCUAAGUUCUAUUGUUAGAUUACCUUUGGUCAUAUAAUUUACAUUGUAAAACAAUUAGUUGUUUAUUAUUCAUAUAAAAUAUGUACUAAAUAAGUUUUAUAUCAUAGUAAUGUGAUUGUUUUUAAUUUCAA